CUCGAGCGCUGGCCAGUUUCAAAAUGCGAUAUUGAGGUCAUAAAAUUACGUAAGUGGGAUGGACAAUGUCCCCUGUCCCGGUGCCCAUUUAGUUUAAGGUACAAGCUGUGAACCCAUGGAGGGAGUGGAGAGCCCUGUGGAGAACCCUGUUGCCAAACAUAAGAAAUAGUUAGAAGAGAGGAGAGAGACUCAUCAUGUCCCCUUUGUCUCGGGUGAUUAGCGAUCAGAUUAUAAAUGUUCAGUUACACCGCGACCAAAUUAGAAGGACUUAUCGUUGUCUGUAGUUUCUAUUUAUGUAAGGUCGUGUACUGUUUGAAUACCUUUGCGCUAGGCCCAUGCUAAAGUAGACAAUCCUGAACGUGGUGAAAGAGCAGAGGCUUCUUACAGAGGCAUCAUACGAUAGGUGGAUGUGUGUCAGUGGCAAGACAGGAUAGGGAGGAGGAGCUUGUCCUCUUGCCACAUGUGGACCCUCUUCUCCGUUGCUCUACUUAUUUAUCGAUCAAAGCUUAUUGGUUUCCUACUUGUCAGUCGGAAAGUCGCAUACUGUUGCUCAAGCUCUUAGCCGUUUACGCAAAUUGCUUUGCAAGGAAUCCACGACGAUCGGGAUGAAGGCCCAUCUUCUCGUUCUUCCUCCGACGAAUGUGCCCGCUGAGGGGAAACAUUCAGCAGCAGGGGAAAGUAAGUAUGCGCUCGGCCGACCUUCGAUGCUUCUGCGAGUGAAGUAACUGCACUGUUCGUGGAAUUGGCAAGACAACAGGCUUUCUGCAUCUGUUCUCGCCUCAGAACUUCCCUGCCCUGCCCUGCCCUGCCUGGAAGGCCGUCGAGCCACAUCGUGCCAAUGGCGGCAAUCCAGAGCAAGAUUAGAGCACCCGCCUCAGGAACUGUCUGCAGGGCCGCUGUUAUCGCUAUCACUCCUCCUGCCGACUCGUGUAGCCUACGGAGCUCCCGAACUUCGUUCAAAUUGGGCAAUACGCUGAAAUUCUGUACACAUGGCCGCAAGGCGAGUAGGUGCUCGGUUAUUCGGGCGAUUUACGUGGACGAUGAUGAAGAGGGCUACUUGUUGGAUGCUCCAGUUUCAGAGGGCGACGGAUUUUCUUUCAGCGGCGGGAAAUACUCGAACGAGGUCGGCCGGGCAGAUGAAUGGUACUCUAAGGGGCGAAUUGUAAAAGCCUAUCCGGUAGAAGGGGGGCUGGAGAAAGCCAAGGAUCCGCUGUUCGGACUUCCCAUGGGAGAGGGUUCACAGACUUCGGAUGACUUUUUCAGAUGGUUCUGCGUAGAGGAAGGAGAUCGAAGCAAGCCCGCUGUCCUGCUGAUACAUGGCUUCCCAUCACAAUCUUAUUCAUAUCGGAAGGUGAUACCGCUGCUCUCAUCCGACUAUCACGUCGUUGCCUUCGAUUGGUUGGGGUUCGGAUUCUCCGAUAAGCCACAACCAAAGUACGGAUUCAAUUACACAACUGAUGAAUAUGCCACAGCACUGGGCCUGCUCGUCGAAGCCCUGGAUCUUGGCAGCAGCUUCACCAUCGUCGCCCAAGGCUAUUUUGCACCAGCUGCGGUUCAGUAUGCCACUAACAAUCAAGCACGAGUGGAUCAACUCAUCCUCGUGAAUUCCCCUGUAACCGAAGGCCAUGCUGUAUUGCCCUCUGCCUUAUCAGCAUUCUCAGCCUUCCUCCUGGGCGACGUUUUUGCUCAAGAUCCUCUCAAGGCCAGUGACAAACCACUGACCGAGUGUGGACCCUACAUUCUAGACGAGGAAGAUGCAAUGGUGUACCGAAGGCCAUAUCUAACAUCAGGUGCAUCUGGAUUCGCCUUGACCGCCAUCAGUCGGGCCAUGAAGACCGAAUUGAAAUCGGCAGUGGCCGCCUUGAGACAAACCUUGACUUCAAACCAGUGGAACAGACCAGUUUCCAUCAUAUGGGGCCUGAAAGACAGGUGGUUGGGCUUCCAAGGAGUCGAGGAGUUCUCCAAGUCUGCACGAGCUCGGCUCGUGCAGCUGGAAGAAGUUGGUCAUCAUGCACAGGAAGAUUACGGGGAAGAAGUAGGUGCAGCUAUCAAGACAUUGCUGAAGAGAACUGUCUCAUCUUUCCAAUAACUUAUUGGCAAUAAGUAAGAGAGGGGAAUCUGAUCCGACUUCCAACAGACUUGAAAACGCUCGGAGGAGUUAAGUAUUUACACCAUCCCCCUCGGUUCGGGGGCAAUUCAGGCCCUGUCCUACGCUUCCAUUCGGACCGAUGUUGCAUUUGAAUUACGAUCAUCUGCACCAAUAUUGACCUCGUGGCCUUCUCUCCUUUGCUACGGCCACGAAUGCAUGAUAAUCAAGGGCAUAUGUACUUGUAAACGACAGAUUGUCAUAUUGUUCCGUAACUCCCUUAGCAAAUACCUGUUUCCCACUAAUCAAUGGAUUGUAUUUUACACAGUAGAUGGUGGUUAUCAUACGUCCGAUCAAAGUGAACGAACCCGCUCGGAACAUCUGUGUUCGUAUUCUUUCUACUUCAUAUAUUUGUUGAAGGAAGGCAUUAGUAGUGAGGGUGAUUCGCGUCUUUUUACUGCCUGUAACGCAGUACAGAAAUUGUGUAUCAUAUUGUCAUCAUUGUGGAAGAAACGAUAAAUUCUUCCUCAUGUAUAAUAUGAACCAUCUGAAUCGAUUC